UUACGACAUUCAUAUACUGCUCUACGUUGUCUAGCUCUUUGCUUCCUUCUCAACCCAACACACUCUCUUUCUCGCUAUGUUUCUCGUAUCCUCUGUUAUUCAAAUGGACGUUUCAAAGUCGAAGGCUUCAAACACAAGCGACUCUUACUUACCUCCCAAGAAACGGAUGAGACUCAGCGAACCACCCACCGAAGCUGCACUAGUUUCCGCUGCUAUAAAGAAGGGUUCGUUUUCAGACAACAUAAAAUAUAAAGGAGUGGUUCAGCAACCGAACAGUCGUUGGGGAGCUCAGAUUUACGUAGACCACAAACGGAUAUGGCUCGGUACUUUCAGUUCGGCUGUUAAAGCCGCCAUGGCUUUCGAUAGCGCUAGCAUCAAGCUUCGAAGCUUUGACACUAACUCGGAAAGAAACUUCCCAUGGUCUGAUUUAACGGUCCAAGAACCGGUGUUUCAAAAUGGCUACACAAGAGAAGCUGUCUUGAACAUGAUCAAAGACGGUUCUUACCAACGCGAGUUCAUUGAUUUUCUCAAAAACCGGUCUCAGGCUGUCGUGGGAUUAAAACAGAACCGAAGAGAUGAAGAACCCAACAAGUGCUUCUCAUCCAGGCAACUUUUUCAGAAGGAACUGACAGCGAGUGAUGUUGGGAGACUCAACAGGCUUGUGAUACCUAAGAAGUAUGCGGUGAAGUAUUUGCCUUUCAUAAGCGAAAGAGAAGAAGGCGAGAUAAUAGACGAUGUUGAGGUGGUGUUUUAUGACAGAGAGAUGAGACCAUGGAAGUUUAGGUAUUGUUACUGGACAAGUAGCCAGAGCUUUGUCUUCACCAGAGGAUGGAUCGGUUUCGUCAGGGAGAAGAGACUCAAGGAGAAAGAUGUGAUCACUUUUUACACUUGUGAUGUUCCUACAUUAGAAGGUCAAAGCAGAAAGUUCUCGAUGAUCGAUAUCCAUCGAUUUUCAGACAACGACUCCGUGGUCACUGAUGAGGAAGUAAACAAGACAGUUCAUGAUGUUUCUGAUGAUGUAAUGAAACCAGAGAAGUUCUUUAACUCGAAGUUGGGAGAAGGAGAGAACAGAGGAGGGUUUAUGUUGUUUGGUGUAAGGAUCCAAUAGUUUAAAGAAAAUAUAUGUAGCAUGUCAUCGAAAAUAAUAAAUAAAAAAAUGGAAACAAAACACAGUUAUAACGGUAUUGUGUAAACUUAGUUUUCAAAAUAAUUAAAGGCUUAGUCUUUCUUCUCUCUUCUCUCUCACUUCCACAAACAAAAUAGUAAAAAUCUGUUAAAAAAGAUACUUUUAUGGCACGCUCUAUCCAAAAAACAAAUUAUAUUUCUGACAUGGUCAAGGAUCAUAACCAUGUAGUAAAUGAUCAUCAUACUAAACCAACAUGAGAGAUGGAUGAUCAGUAAGAAGCAGAGCGUAAUUGGUCUCGAGUGCCAUGGAGAAAAUGCGCCACCCUCCAAGACUUACCUUCACAGCUCUCACGUAUUCAGUAUUUGUGUAGGUACAACUCAAUUAAAUAGAUUAACAAAAUUGGCGUCAACUAUAAAAUUUGAGAAUACACCUGAAACAGAGGAACUAA